AUGUUUGCCUCGCUGGACCUGGAGCAAAAAGAGCUGAAGAAGCUCUGGAUCGAGUUCGGAAAGAUCGAUACAGACAACGGCGGGACGAACCACGAGUCUCUUGUACGCUUCGCUUUCGACCUCUUCGACCGAGACCACAGCGGUGCAAUUGAGACGGCCGAGAUGGAGGCUAUGCUCCGGGAAGUCUACGGGGAACAUUUUGCCGAUAGCCCUGCCGCGGCCCUGACGUUGAAGCGAGUUAAAGAGCUCUCGUCAUCGAGCGACGCUGGACCAACGAACGAAACGACGCUCCUAGCUCUGGCCAAGAAUGGGGUUCAGGUGGGCCCUGACGGUCGGAUCUACGCCCUCUCGUUCGAGGCGUUCAGGGAAUUUUGCCGUCAGCAUGCCGGGAUGCUAUUUCCAGCCUUCACCCUGCAGAAGCGUGUACGGUCCAAGAUCGUGUCGGAAGCGUUCUGGAAGGGAUGCGCUGAUAGGAGGAACGGAGUGCGGCCAGGUCGAAAUAAGGGCAAGGGGGGGAAACGCUCAUCGCGAAAAGCCAUCCAGCUCGAGCACCUCUCUACAAUGAUGAAUUUGGACGAGAAGAGCGCGACAGGCACCACCACCGACAACACCCCGGCCCCAAACGGUUCGGCCACGGGAACGGCCAACACAACAGCCCAGGGGAAUGGCUGCGCGCAAACUCCGACAAAGGCGUUACCCUCCCCUUCCCCCGCCCCGGGCGACGAAAUAAAAGCACCGUCGGAGGCGAGGAAGAGGGGGAGCGGCGGAAACGAUGAUUCCAACAACUCCUCGGGCUCGUCAUCGAAAACGCCUGCGACGGCGGGAAAAACAGAUGAUGCGGCGGGGUGCGAUACCCCGGAUGGGGCUGGGGAGAAGGAGGAAGGGCAGGCUCGGCGUGGAGGGGACGGGGGGCACGAAAAGGGGACAGGGGACGGGGGCACGCCGAGGAAAAGGAGGUCGGGCUCUAGGGGAGUCGUGGCUGUGGAAGGAGAUGAGGGCAGCUGGGGAGGAAGCGAGAACAAAACCCCUAGGUUUUCAAUGCAGGCGCCGCAAGCCUCGAGGGAGGGGACCACCACUCAUCGGGUUAGCGGGACCCCUAGUCACGGAGGAGGCGCUUCGCGACCAGCAACUUUGAGACAAGGAGCGCCAACUAACGGUCCACCGACAGGAACGUCUGCGACGGACAAUGCAGUGAAAACACCACAGCCCCGGCAAACCUACCCGUUGCCUGUUGACGCGGGGGGACGCGGCACCAGCGCGUGGGCGCGCGGGGGCGGCGAGGAGCCUAUGAUCGGUGGGGGCGGCAUGCCUCCUGGUUUGGCGGGGGGCGUGGGCAUAGAGGAGAGCGCACCAGGGAGACGGCAAAAGAAAGAAUCGCGCGUGGAUUCUCCGUUGGCCGCCGCGGCGCGAGCGGCGGCGGUGUACGAGCUUCCCGCUCUGAGAGAGACGGCCGCCACGAAGCAAAGAAGUCACCAUGCCCGCGACCUGGUUGCCGGGAGCAGGGAACGCGGAGGGAGACCGGCAUCCGCGGGCGGCAGCCACUCUCCCAACGCCCGACAACGUCGGCGGGAGACGGGCCAGGCCGCCGCCGCCGCUAGGGCCGUCGCAGGCGUUGCCGCUUGUGGUGGCCACAAAGCUGAGUCACCGUCGACAACACCGCACGCUAAUGCUAACAACGUCGUUCGAGACACGCACGAGCACCAUCAUAGCCCGCGUGCUUUUCAUGACCAUAGGACCGUGCCGGAAAACAAUCGAGCCACCCACAGCUAG